AUGCCCGCCCCUAAAACGACACUGAACCCUCUCCGUCGCCCUGACGGUUCAGCGACCCACUCUCAGAACGGCUACACCAUUAUCGGCGCAGUGAACGGCCCCAUCGAGGUCCAGCGGCGCGACGAGAUACCAGAUGAAGCCGCUAUAGAAGUCAAUGUCCGGCCGGCCACUGGCGUGGGUUCCCCCAAAGAACGCCGCAUUGAACAAGUCCUCACCACCCUCCUCCGCAACAUAAUCCUCACCCACGACUACCCGCGCACCCUCAUCCAGCUGACCCUGCAAAUCCUCUCGACCCCCUCCACUCACUCCACUCUCCCAUCCGCCUCCUCUCUCCCCGUCCUCCCCGCGCUAAUCAACACUGCGUACGCGACCCUCCUCGCCGGUUCCAUCCGCCUCUCCACAACCCUAGCCGCCGUGCUGGUCGCUGUGCCGAAGAGAUUCGGGAAGGGGGAGGCGGUGAUCGUAGACCCGGACCCGGAGGAAGGAGGUAGCGAGCUCGAGGCUGUGGCACGGAAGGGGGGUUUGCAUGUUUUUGCGUUUGAUGGGAGAGGUGAGGCUGUACUGGCGGAGAGUGAGGGCGAUUUCGGGAUCGAAGAUUGGGAGGAGGCGUGUGAGGCGGCGCGGGGUGUGUGUUGUGGGUUGCAAGACGAGAGCCCGGAUGUCAUGGAGGUUGAAGGGGCAAAGAGGAGUAUGGUGAGGGGGUUGAGGGAGUUAGUGAAGGGGGAGGUGGAGAAGGAGGGAAGGUGGAGGGGUGAGGGGUGA